UCCGUCUGGAUUGCAUCCACAACCCCAAUCUUUUUUCAAUUUUCCUUUUCCCACAUAAACCUCCCAUUCAAAAGCCCUAAAUCAUUCAUCACCAUUUUCAAGCCAAUUUGAUCACAUCGCCAGGUUCCUCUCAACUUCCACGCCAUUAAAUGAUGAUGAAGUUGAACCAGACCUCAUAAUCGAGCUUCUAAUUCAGAAAUUCGGGUGGAACUAUGUCUGUCGCCGAGCUCAAAGAGAGGCACUUAGCUGCUACGGAAACUGUUAAUUCUCUCAGAGAACGGUUAAAGCAAAAACGACUUCAACUUCUCGAUACCGAUGUUGCGGGGUAUGCGAAAGCGCAAGGGAAGACUUCAGUUGCCUUCGGCCCGACUGAUCUGGUUUGUUGUCGGACCUUACAAGGGCACACUGGAAAGGUGUAUUCACUGGAUUGGACGCCUGAAAAGAACCGGAUAGUUAGCGCAUCACAAGAUGGAAGAUUGAUAGUUUGGAAUGCUCUCACAAGUCAGAAAACACAUGCGAUUAAGCUACCAUGUGCGUGGGUGAUGACAUGUGCAUUCUCUCCAACUGGACAAUCAGUUGCAUGUGGAGGGCUUGAUAGUGUAUGCUCCAUUUUUAAUCUUGCAUCACAAGCUGAUAAAGAUGGUAAUAUACCAGUGUCAAGAAUGCUUAGUGGACACAAGGGUUAUGUGUCUUCUUGUCAGUAUGUUCCUGAUGAAGAUAAUCAUUUGAUAACAAGUUCUGGUGAUCAGACAUGUGUUUUGUGGGAUAUAACUACUGGAUUAAGGACUUCUGUUUUUGGAGGAGAGUUUCAAUCAGGACACACUGCUGAUGUUUUGAGUGUUUCAAUAAACGGAUCAAACUCAAGAAUGUUUGUUUCGGGUUCUUGUGAUGCAACUGCACGUCUGUGGGACACACGAGUUGCAAGUAGAGCAGUAAGAACAUUUCAUGGGCAUGAAGGGGAUGUGAAUUCAGUCAAAUUCUUUCCAGAUGGAAAUAGAUUUGGAACAGGAUCUGAUGAUGGAACUUGCAGACUUUAUGACAUCAGAACUGGACAUCAAUUACAAGUUUACCCUCAGCAGCAGGGUGCUGAUGCCCCUCCUGUGACUUCUGUUGCUUUUUCUGUAUCUGGAAGGCUUUUGUUUGCUGGAUAUUCAAAUGGUGAUUGCUUUGUGUGGGAUACUUUAUUGGCAAAGGUGGUUUUGAACUUGGGAUCUCUUCAGAACUCACAUGAUGCGCGUGUCAGCUGUUUGGGGUUGUCUGCAGAUGGCAGUGCCUUGUGCACAGGAAGUUGGGAUACAAAUCUUAAGAUUUGGGCUUUUGGAGGUCAUAGAAGAGUGGUUUGAAUGAGGGAGGUGUUGGUAAUCUUUGUUUCUAGAAUGAAGGGCAAUUAAUGGUUUUAGUAGUAGUAAUUUAGUAAAUAUAUUUAUGUGACUUUGGUAAUCAUGAUUUAGAAAAUCAUAUUCGAAUGUAGGAUCAUGAUCUUAUUUGAAUAAAAUUUUUAAGUAAAUUGUAGGAAAUAACAA